AGAAAUUGAGGAACAAGGUUUAUUUUUGAUUUAGUCUUUUAGGGAACGUCCAGUGAAGCAGACACAAUUCUGCUGACCCCUUAGCCCCUGUCACGGAAUAAAGCGUUUUCUCACAAACUGACUGACGCAGAAAUCUUGACCUUAACAAAUUACGAAGAGUUACAUAAGCUGAUAAAGAACAAUCAGCUGUAGGCAUUCACUUCCCAUUUAAAUCUAGUGCAGAUUAGACGAAUUUCUCCGUGAAAACUUUGCUUGAAAGCUACAAGAAGCUUUAAAAUAGGACCUUUGCUGUUUUGAGAAUCCUUAAAAUUUAAAUUAAAUCCGUUAAAGUGCUUUGAAUUGUGAGAAGUUUUGUUUUGUGAGAAAUCAAAGAAAAUGAUUGGAUUGUAUUUGCUUCUGACUGUCUUGGCCAUUUAUCUCUACUUCAAAUGGCACCUGAGCUUUUUCAUUCGACGCGGAAUAGCAGGACCUAGCCCCUUACCUAUUGUAGGUAACAUGUGGAAGUAUGUGACGAUGCAGAAGCACUUUGGAAAUGUUUUCGACGAGAUUUAUCAAUCCUACCCUAAAGCAAAUUACGUCGGUUUCUACAAACUCCACAAUCCGGCUGUUCUUGUGAAGGAUUUGGAUGUUGUUAAGGAUAUUCUAGUUGGAGAUUUCUCAUCAUUCCACGACAAUGAUUUUACACUAGACCCAAAAUUGGAUCCCAUAGCCGUUAUGAAUCCUUUCUUUGCUACUGGGGAAAAAUGGAAGGGACUUAGGAGCUUGGUCACGCCUAUUUUUACCCAAUCUAAGAUUAGAGCUUGCUUCCCAAUUAUUAGUGGAGUGUGCAAGACACUCGUUGAGUACCUGGAAAAUGGCCCAGAGGCAGGAAAUGUUAAUGGAAUUGAAGCAAAAACUCUCGGUGAAAUGUUCACGAUGGACGUUGUGGCUUCUGCUGGUUUUAGCGUAGAAGGGAAGAGCUUUACAAAUCUUCAAUCUCCAUUUCGGAAACUCGUAGCUGACCUCAUUAGCCCAUCAUCCUCGAAUGCAAUCAAAGCUUUCGUUAUGCUUUUUAUGCCCCAACUUGCACCUCUUUUUGGGAUUUCUUUUGUAUCAAAAGAACAAGACACAUGGAUUCGUUCAUUUGUUGAUCAAGUGAUCCGGAGAAGGAAGGAACUAGGAGAGAAACGUCAGGACUUUCUGCAGAAUUUCCUUGACAUUCAGGGCAGACAGGAAAAUUUGAACUCAAAGGACUUGGUUCCAGGACAAGCUUUGGUUUUCAUAGCUGAGGGAACAGAAACAUCGAGUACUCUCAUUGGUUUCAGUCUGUAUGAGAUUGCCAAGCAUCCAGAGGUCAUGAGACGAGCUCAGGAGGAAAUCGACGCGGUGUAUGAGCGCCACGGGGGUGUGUUGACUGAAGAAGGGUUGAUGGAGAUGGAGUACCUGGAACAGGUUCUCUAUGAAACCCUACGUGUCCAUUCAGCAGUCUACAGCAUGGCGAGGAUUGCCACCAAGGACUACACCUUUCCACCGCAAUUCCAAGACUCUGAUCAACGUCUAACUAUUCCAAAAGGAACAUCGAUUAUUAUUCCUGUUAGAUCCAUUCACUACGAUCCAACCUACUUCCCGCAGCCCUAUGUCUUUGAUCCUAGUCGAUUUUCUGAGGAUCAGAAAAAGGAGCGUCAUCGCUAUGCUUUUCUAGCCUUUGGUGAAGGACCUCGUAUUUGUCUGGGGAUGAAAUUCGCCUUGUUCCAAGUCAAGGCAGCCAUUUCGAGCAUCUUGCGCAAUUUUGAUAUCUCACUCUCUCCAAAAACGGAAAAUCCUCUCAAGUUCUCAAAAAAAUCCUUCCUCCUUGUAGCUGAAGGGGGUAUUUGGGUUAAAUUUGAGAAGAGGCAAAAGAAAUAAUUUUUUCUGCGUAUAAAUAAUAAUGUAUUGUUCUAUAUUCGAAUAUAAAUCAAUAAAGGAAAAUCUAGAAAAAUUA